AUGCGCUUGUUGGACGCCAAAACACUAGAGUUGGUCGACAUCCUCGACGACGACGUCCCUCCCUACGCCAUUAUAUCGCAUACUUGGGGCGAUGAGGAACUUACGAUCCAGCAGCUGCGGCGACUGGGAAGACAUUCGCAUCUCGCGUCCUCUUCUCCCAAACCAUUGGAUAGAAAGAGGAGAGCCAUUCUCUCGAAAAAGGGCUACGUCAAGAUCUCUGGUGCCGCUCGACUAGCUGUCAGCCGAGGGCUCAAUUACCUCUGGGCAGAUACGUGCUGCAUUGACAAGACAAGUAGUUCUGAGCUGUCCGAGGCCAUCAACUCCAUGUAUCUGUGGUACGAGCAAUCUGCCGAGUGCUAUGCGUACCUUUCCGACGUCGAGCCGCCGGCCACCCAAGAUGGCAAUGCAUUCGACAAGAAUCUCCGCAAUAGUCGGUGGUUCACAAGGGGAUGGACGCUCCAAGAGCUGGUUGCACCAAAGCUCGUUCUCUUCUACGCCAGCGACUGGAGCCUCCUUGGCCAAAAACACUCUCCCCCCAAAUUCGCAAAGAUCAUCAGCGAAAUCACUAGCAUUGAUGAGGAAGUGCUGGACGGCACCAUCGACCCCCUUCAGCUGAGCGUGUCUGCUCGCAUGGCCUGGGCGUCUCAUAGAAACACCACCAGGCUCGAAGACACUGCAUACUGUUUGAUGGGACUGUUCCAAGUCAACAUGCCGCUUCUGUACGGUGAAGGAAAGCGUGCUUUUACGAGACUUCAAGAGCACAUCAUCCAACGCACCGACGACCAGUCCAUAUUUGCGUGGAACUCAUUUGACGAUUUAGAAGAAGAUCCAGAUGCUCUUUUUGGCUUACUUGCACAGUCUCCAGCCCAAUUCAAAGAUGCCGGCGCUUUGCAAGUCCUGCCGCCUUUACCUGUGUAUGCAAGUGCUCCAUCCGCCAUGACGAAUCAAGGCCUUCGCGUCCAGCUCUACCUCGUGCCACGUACAUUCACAGAC